AUGGACCAAUUUUUGGGUAAAAAUUACGUUUUAAUAGAUUCAGAAAACUUUGAGGAUUAUUUGGCAUUUGUCGGAGUGAGCUUCCUUGCACGUAAAAUAGCGUUGGCCCUAAAGCAGACGGUGCGCUUGACCCGCAACGAGGAUGGCAGUUACAAGUUCCACUUCAUAUCACCCCUCGCAAGUUCCGACUUCGUUUUCACACCGGGAGAAGAGUUUCUAGAAUCUAGGCCAGAUGGAGUUACGAUGAAAUCGUUUAUAACUAUACAGGAUAAUGUGAUGACACACACGCACACAGAUAACACCGGCAAAACAUCUAAGCACGUGUUGGUGUUUUAUACUGAUAAGAUGAUCACGACUACAACGGGAGAAGGUUUAGAUAAAAUAGUGAAAAGAUACUACGAAGCGAGAUGA